AUGUCAAAUCGCAACAUUAUUGCACACCAUGAGGAGGUCGCGCCUAUCGAGAGGACAAACCUGUUCUCAGACUCUGAAUCUACUCGUAUCCUAAACCGACAGUUAGUUCGGAAACUGGACCGUACCCUGUUGCCGAUCUUGUGGCUGAUGCAUACGUUAAAGAACUUGGACAAAGGCAAUAUUUCUCAAGCAAAGCUGAGCACCUUCGAAAGCGACUUAGACUUACAUGGGACGCAAUAUAACACGAUUGUCUCAAUGGCGUCAGUCGGAUAUAUACCAAUGAUGAUUCCCAGCAACAUGCUCUUGACUCGAGCCAAACCGUCCCUGUAUCUCCCAUCCUUCGCUGUCUUGUGGUCAGUGGUAGCUACAGCAACGGCUGCUUCACAGACGUUUUCGCAGGCUGCUGCGAUGCGGUUCCUCCUGGGCUUGUUCGAAGCUCCCUUCACUCCUGGGGCACUAUGGCUCCUAUCCCGCUGGUAUACGAAACGGGAGAUGGCGCUACGAUAUGCCAUCAUGUACCUAGGGUAUAUACUCUCGGGUUCAUUCGCCGGUUUGAUUGCAGCCGGCGUCUUUUCCCGGUUUGAGGGCUAUCAAGUUAUGGGCGGUUGGCGCUGGCUGUUCAUCAUCGAGGGACUCCUAAGUUUAAUAGCUGGGAUGAUUGCAUUUGCUGUACUGCCCGACACACCUGACGCUUCUUCGGGCCCGGUGAAGUGGCCCCUUAAUGCUUCUGAGCGAGAAUGGGCAGUUGAACGCAUGCGUCGCGAUCGGGUUUCGUACCGGAAGUCCGAUGGAUCUGUCUGGCUUGGCCUUCGACUUGCUCUGCUAGACUACAGAGUGUGGAUGCUGGCGCUGGUUGCCUGCACCCAAGGCUCAACCGCAGGUUAUACCAGCUUCUACCCGGAAAUGGUCAAAAGCAUGCAUAUCGGAGAUACGGUUGUUACGCUCCUCUGUACCGUUCCUCCCUAUAUACUUGCCGCGAUUGUUACACUGGUGGUCGCUUGGUUAAGCGACCAGUUCCGCAGCCGUAGUGUGCCCAUUGCCGCUUCGAUGACGGUGAUGAUCGUGGGGAUUGUGGUAGAAAUGUGUACGUCGCGAUCCGGGGUGCGAUACUUGGCCUCGUUCCUGUAUAUCACUGGGUGCAAUUCUGCCUUUCCGCUUCCGCGGGCGUGGGUUGCUACUGCGGUUAGUCAAACACCUGAGAAAUGCUCCUGCGCGGCUGCGAUCCUCGAGGUGAUUACGGCGUUGAGCUACAUAUGGAGUGCUUAUUUCUUUCGCAACGAGGAUGCGCCGCGUUACCGUUCCGGCAUGAUCCUACUGAUUGUGUUUGCGGGUGCGUGUCUGCUUAGUGCUCUAGGGAUGCGAUGGGUGCUACGCCGGGAUAAUCGUAAAUUACUGGAGAGAUAUCGAGGCACCGGAGUGGUGCCUGUGCUGCAUCCCACAUAA